UUUUCUUCUUCUUCAAUUUCCAUUUUGUUCCUAUUUUUAAGCAUGUUUAUAAGUUCAGACAAAGAAAUCAAAAAUCAAACCCUAAUUUUGACUAAUUCUCGAUGCCAUCAUCUUCAGAUAUAAUCAAGAUCAUUAAUGGCGCAUCUCUCAUUGCAAAAGAAUUUACUAAGCGUUCUCAAAUUAAAACCGCAACAGCAUCAUCUCCUCUUGAUUUGAUUUCAUCUUCAGCAAAAACAGCUUUACUCUCUGUUACCGAUUUAGCUGGCUUAACUAGUGGUACAAUCCAUGAAUUCACUUACCCUAAACAAGGUGAAGAACCAAACAACAAGACCAAGAAGAGCAAUGUUGUGAUUUUCACACAAGAUAUUUCUUCUGAUUCGCAGCCCCAUGAUCAUCAAAGACUUCAAAUUUCUUCUCAUGUUCUUACUCGAUUAGACGGUCAGGAAGAUGCCUCUACCAGUGCAAAAAAUGUUCCUGAUUGCAGAGAAGCAGUUGUGGAGCAGCAACCUCAGCAACUUAGUAAUGAGGCUGAUGGUGGUAAUGCAAAGGUGGCGGUGGUGGAGAAGCAACCUCAGCAGCUUAGUAACGAGGCUAAUGAUGGUAAUGUAAAGGUGGCGGUGGUGGAGAAGCAACCUCAGCAGCUUAGUAGUGAGGCUGAUGUAAAGGUGGCGGUGGUGGAGAAGAAGGAUGUAAUACCAGUUCCUCAGCAUCUGCAGGAGGAGUUAAAGAAACGGAGGCAGCGGCGGGAGAGGAGAGUUCCUACUACUUCUUUUGGUAGAGCCCUUGGGUUCGCUGGUUUAGGAGCAGGGCUGGUAUGGGGAACAGUACAAGAAUCUACGAAACGACUUGUUUAUGGGACACCGGUGUCAGAUAACAAACAAUCAGCGCUUUCGCCAUUCUUAUCUGAACAAAAUGCAGAGCGUUUGGCUCUUGCAUUGUGUAGAAUGCGUGGUGCUGCGCUUAAAGUGGGACAGAUGUUGAGCAUACAGGAUGAAUCCCUUAUACCUGCUCCGAUUUUGGCGGCUUUAGAUAUCGUUCGUCAAGGAGCAGAUGUUAUGCCUAAGAGCCAGCUCAAUCAAGUGUUGGAGGCUGAAUUGGGUUCCGGGUGGACAUCAAGGCUGCACAGUUUUGAUUAUGAGCCACUUGCUGCAGCAAGUAUAGGCCAGGUCCACCAAGCAGUCACAAAGGACGGAUUGAAGGUCGCAAUGAAGAUACAGUACCCCGGUGUUGCUGAAAGCAUUGAAAGUGAUAUUGAGAAUGUGAAGCUACUUUUGAACUAUACAAAUCUUAUUCCAAAAGGGCUUUAUCUGGACAGAGCAAUGAAGGUGGCGAAGGAGGAAUUAUCUCUUGAAUGCAAUUAUGAGUUAGAGGCAGCAAAUCAGAAACGCUUCCGCAACCUGAUAUCCGACACAGAAGGCUUCUACGUACCCAUGGUCGUUGAUGAACUUUUGAGUAAAAGAGUCAUAACAACAGAACUUGUCUCGGGAGUUCCUAUUGAUAAGGUGGUGGUGCUGAGUCAAGAAACUCGUGAUUAUGUUGGAAAGAGAUUGCUUGAGCUGACACUUAAAGAGUUAUUUGUAUUCCGUUUCAUGCAGACUGAUCCUAACUGGAGCAAUUUUCUGUAUGAUGAGGCUACGAACAUGAUAAAUCUUAUCGAUUUCGGGGCAGCUCGUGAAUACAAAAAGAAAUUCGUAGAUGACUACCUAAGAAUGGUGAUUGCCUGCUCAAAAUGUGAUAGAGAUGGAGUGAUUGAGAUGUCAAACAGGCUAGGUUUUUUGGCGGGGAAUGAGGAAGAUGUAAUGGUAGAUGCGCAUGUUCAGGCUGGUUUUGUGGUGGGUUUGCCGUUCUCAAAACCAGGUGGUUAUGAUUUUCGCAAAAACAACAUUACCCAAAGUGUUUCUAACCUUGGGGCAACAAUGUUGAAGCACCGUAAGACCCCACCACCUGAUGAGGUCUACAGUCUCCAUCGGAAGCUAUCAGGGGCAUUCUUAGCUUGCAUCAAACUUGGCGCCGUUGUACCAUGUAGAGAUUUAUUAUACCAAGUUUAUGACAACCACCAAUUUGCGGAUGAAGAGAAUGCACAGAUUCUGCAAAGCAGCUCCAGUUCCAGCUCAUGAAAGUGAUUAUAUAUAUUUUUUUAACAUUUUUUUUAUUGAUGCAAUAAUUUUGACCCUUAACAUAUUCCUUGUAUAAUUUUUGGCCCACCAAUGCGUUAGUGGUGGGGAACAUAAUAAGUUUGUAUGGGCUCAGGUGUAGAAAGGCAAUUAGAUAUUAAAUUGAACAGAUAAGUUCUAACUUCAAUGAAGCUGAUGACCAAAAUUUUUUUGGA